AUGCGGUGUUUAAUCGAGUUUCUCCUUAUCGCGACGCUGACAUCGGCCGUUUCUUCACUGGAAUGUUACGUUUGUUCGGAGCAAGAAGAAAACAUUGGCAAGUGCGGAAAGGCGAUCCAGAUUUGCGACUACGAAGAUGACGUGUGCAUGACGCAGAUUCGAUGGGGCAGCACCCCGUACUGGUCUCAAGGCUCUGACAAGCAAUACUAUGUGACGAAGUCUUGUUCCAACGCGACAACGUGUGAGCGAAGUCGCGUGGCGAGUCUGCAUCGGUGUCACAGGAUCUGGUAUGAAGACUGGGAAUGUACCGAGUGCUGCAAAGGCGACAGAUGUAAUUACUACAUCACUCUGGGGGCGUCUGGAAUGGCUGCAAGCAUCGCAUUGGUCUUGAGCGGCCUCCUUGUCGCCAUUUUGGGGCGGAUGUACGGUGAUUUAGUGUGUGCGCUUCUCGGGGUUCCAGGAGCGUUUUACAAUGUGAAAGGCGAAGGAACGGAAGUUUUCGUCGAGCCGAGGGUGUUGGACGUGCUGUCAUCAAAUGCAGAUUCCGUGUUGAUCGAGAAAAUAUGUGGGAUUGCGACGAGUUACUGCCGUUUGCUGAGGUUCAUCAAAAAAUUUUCCGAUUUUCGUCGAAGAGGGGAUGAGAAGUACACGGAUUACUAUCAAGUGUUGGCAGAAGGUUUUAGAAGACUGACCAAACCUUACCGAUUGACGGUUGCCAAGCUUGAGGAAGAGAUUUCAUCAGGGCCUGGUUCUUUGAUGAAUUUUUGGUAUGCCUUGGAGCAAUUUGAUCCAGUUCUGAAGGCCUUCAAUUAUUUGUGUUUUGAGUUGGAGAAUCUGCAAGUUCCUGGAAGUUGUGUUUUGAACGUGUUGGACAAACAUAGCAAUAAAGGAGUCCCUUUCUUGAAAGAAGCCUGUCUUGAAUUGAUGAAGGAAUGCAGAAUGCCAUUUCUGAGGCAUUUUGCGAGCUGGGUCUUGCUUGGUGUGAGCCAAAAACGAGAGAAUGAUUUCUUCAUCACUGGCGGCAAUGAAGAUGAGUUGGGAUUUGCGAGUGUGACCUUGAAUCCUCAGCAAUUACCAGUGUUCAUCUCUGUUCGGCUUGCCAAUCUAAUUUUGAAUUUAUCCAAAAGUGUGUUACUUUUGAGGAUGUUCGGUGGAUCUCAAAAUAGUGAUUUGUGGCAGAAGGUUAGUGAGAAACAUCCAGAAGUAUUGAGGAAACUGAAAGAGUUGAACGAAGAGCCGGACGAAAUCGUUUUCAAGCGGAAUUUCCAAACGCUGGUGGAAGAAAUCGGCGCUAACAUAGACAAGCAAAUGGCCAAAAUGAUCCUCGAAGAUGGAAAACUGGUGGAAAGUUGCUUGUUGGUCAUCAAGAAUCAUUUCCUAAUGGGACAGGGAGACUUACACACAGCGCUUGUGGCAUCCAUUACAAAAUUGUAUUCAACUAGGCGUCAACAGAAGGACGAAACGAAGAUACAACCAAGGAUCAAUGAAUGUGUGCGAGAUGAGCUAGAAGCAUGUAACCUCGAAAAGUUCCCAAAUGGUAUCCGAGUGGUAUCUCGAGAACCCUGCAGUUUCACGCUUGAAUUCGACAUAGGCUUACCCUGCAACCUUGUGGUUUCUGAAGCGCUAAUAGCCACCAAGUACAGGCCCAUUUAUGAAUUUCUGGUGCGUGUGCGAAAGGCGCAGAUUGGGCUCUUAUCCCUGAGCUGCAGAAGAAUGAAGUUGAAGGUGAUGCCCAGAGGCGACAAAGCUAGAGAAGCGUGUUUGCUCAUGGAAAUGCUGUUCGUUGUGAGGCAUGUUUUAUCCUUCGCUGACUGGUUCAUUGAGGAGAAAUUUGCCGAACUUCUGGCUGGGAUCAAAGCAGAGAAAACUGCGCUGGAUCAAAUCAGAGGAUUGCAUGAAACAUUCGCGUUUGAAGUUGGUGCACUAAUCAACUCCAUUUUCUUGAAGGCAAUGAAGAAAGUGUUGGAUGCUUGUGACAACUAUUGUGCCCUGCUGAUGGACUCCCAGGAUGGAUACACUGAUGAAUCAGAUGCUCACAAGUGUUUCCUGGUGGAGGCUGCAUUCAAACAAGGGGUUGUUGCCGUCAUGCAAUUCACGCUGGUAGCUCACAGGAAAGAAGUCGCGACUUCACUCAAGGAACUAACGAGGCAGUUGUGUGCCAAUCCACAUAUGCUUGCCAAAUACAUUCCGUCUUCCUACGAAGAGGAUGGGAUAGAAAUCAGAUCUCUUCUUGGCCGCAUAUAAUCUAGCUUUAUCCUGGUUUUUCCAUCAUUUUGCAUUUUGCCAAGAAUCCUCAUUUCCACCCUGUGCGUGUUUUUUCUUUCAUCAGAAGCAGCUUUUUUGAUCGAAGCGGUAUAUUUAAAGAUUCAUGUGGUGAACGGGGAAAAUGAGCUUCAACUUUGGGUCCAUCUGUUGAAGUUUGGUGUCCCAGAAUUUAAUUUUGUUAACUUAUUUUUUUAUUAUUUUUUUGCAACGGUGAGUUUCGAAUAUUUUUUUGUGAUUCUGUGAUAAACAGAACAAUGAAAUUUUGUAUUGCAUUUCCAAGUUGAAAAUGUUUUUGUAUGAGCCAGAAGUGCGUGUGGUGGUCAGUGUUAUUGGGGACAGAUGUCAUCUCAAUAUAAGUUAGUGUUCAAGCUGGAUUAGAAGAGUAAUGAGCCCAGGACAGGGGCCAGAACUACUCUGAAUUCCUGGGUUUAAGGAUGAAGUGUAUUUCACACAGGUUAAUAACUACUCAGUGAACUCUUGCUUCAACUGCUAGAUUGAACUGGAAUACUGUAAUUCUAUAUAAUAUUUGUAUCUCUUGACUGACUAACUCAAUAGUUUAUAACUACCCUUCAUUAUUUUACCAUUCAAUUUCAAGGUGGAGUGUUAAACUCAAGUAAAUACUGAGAAAAUGCAUCAUUGAUGGCGCGCUUGCCUAACAGGUGUUGAUGAUAGAAAGAUCUGUGAUAUGUCCUGCGA